CCAGAAUCCCAUUCCUCCGUACUACAUACAGUAACUACUGCUCCCCUUAUUCUGCCCCCCUUGAAGCGGCGUCUGUUGCCUGCAUCCUCCUAAUCCCAUGGCAGCUGCGGCUCCGCCUGUUGCGGAGCAAGCGACAGUAUCUCGAGCUGCAGAAUGGCCCGAGCUAUCCGCCGUCGAGGGGCUUAGCAGCAAUCUACGUAUCCUGUCAACCGGCCAGAUUGACCUGGCCGGCAAGCUUGUCUCUUGCGGUCAGGCACAUCUCUUCUCCCAUUGGCCGGAGCCUGGAAGCAAUGAUGACGACAAGAGGCGGUUCUUCGCGCAGUUAGCGCGCCUGGACACCAGCUACCCCGGCGGCCUGCCGCGCUACAUCGCCAAUGCGAGGCAGCUCUUAGCGGAGUCGAGGGACGGAGUCAACCCCUUCGAGGGGUUCACCCCCGCCGUGCCCUCUGGCGAGCGCAUUAAGUUCGGCGACCCUUCGUUCGACGAGCUCGAGGCUCGGGGCGUCGAAGAGGCUCGGAAUUCGGCGUUUGUGCUGGUGGCGGGAGGCCUGGGGGAGAGGCUCGGGUACAGCGGCAUCAAGGUUGCGCUCCCAGCAGAGAGCACCACGGGUCGAUGCUUUCUCCAGCUCUACAUCGACAGCAUCCUGGCGCUGCAACACGCGUCCAAUCAGCUCAAGCCAGACGAGCCUCCCCGACACAUCCCCCUGGUGAUUAUGACGUCGGACGACACGCAUGCGCGCACCGAGGCGCUGCUGAGGGAGCACGGCCACUUUGGCAUGCGCGCAGACCAGAUCACUCUGCUCAAACAGGAGAAGGUGGCGUGUGUGUCCGACAACGACGCGCACCUCGCGCUUGACCCCAAGGACCCCUACCUCGUCCAGACCAAGCCGCACGGCCAUGGGGACGUGCACAUGCUGCUGCACCACAGCGGCCUGCUGCCCAUGUGGAGGGCAGCAGGAGUGGAGUGGGUGCUCUUCUUCCAAGACACCAACGGGCUGCUCUUCAAGGUGGUGCCGUGCUCGCUGGGCGUGAGCGCGCUGAGAGCCCUGGACGUGAACUCGCUGGCAGUGCCGCGCAAGGCCAAGGAGGCCAUCGGGGGGAUCGCCAGACUCACACACACAGAUGGGCGCAGCAUGGUGGUGAAUGUGGAGUACAACCAGCUCGACCCCUUGCUGAGGGCGUGCGGGCAUGAUGAUGGCGACGCCAAUGACCCUCACACCGCCUUCUCACCCUUCCCUGGGAAUAUCAACCAGCUCGUGCUGCGCCUGGGCCCCUACAUAGAGGAACUCGCUAAGACACAUGGAGUCAUCGGGGAGUUUGUGAACCCCAAGUAUGCGGACAGCACGCGCACGUGCUUCAAGGCGUCCACGCGGCUGGAGUGCAUGAUGCAGGACUUCCCCAAGGCCAUCUCGCCCUCGCGCUCCGUUGGCUUCACGGAAGCUGAUGUGUGGCUUGCCUAUUCGCCCGUGAAGAACAACCUCCGGGAUGCAGUCGCCAAGGUGGCAGCAGGCACGCCACCUCACAGCGCCACGUCAGCAGAGCUCCACCUGUACCGCGCCAACUGCCUCAUCCUCAGACACCUAGGCGUCCACGUGGCGGGCCCUAAAGCAGCUGUGAUCGCGGGGCAGGAGGUGGAGAUAUGGCCACGUGUCGUGUGGUCCCCCCUGUGGGCUCCCACCCUCUCGGCCCUGCGCUCGCGAUUCCCCCAUCCUGAGAGUGUGCGGAUUUCAGAGGACUCCACUCUAGUUGUCGAGGUCGAGGGAGGGUCGGGUGUGGGAUGGAGAGAGGGAGAGGAGGCGGAGAGGGAGGCUGAAGAAAGGAGGACAGAAGGCGAGGCAGAAGGGGAGGAGGAGAGGGGGGAGAGGGAGGGGGAAGGGCAGAAGGGUGUAGGUCAGGUGGAGGUGAAUGGGUUGCAGCUGGAGGGAGCGCUGUGGGUGAGGGCAGGGAGGGGGGCACGGGUGGUGCUGGAUGGGCUCCACGUGGCAAACCGUGGUUGGCCGAUCGUUGAAGUGGACAGUGAGGAUGCCGGGAUCCCUGAGUGGGUGAGAAUCCGAGGGUUUGAGAUAGAGAGGAGGGAGUGCAGGCGCAUGGAGGAGAGCCAAGGGGAGCACGUUGUGAGAGAAUGAGGGAGGUAGGACGGGAGCAUACGCCAUCCCUGCUUGUGGCCGUGUUUCAUUCUGUCGAAAGAGAUACGCCUCAUGCUAGUGAACCAGACGCAGAUGACUGCAGCUAGGAAAGACACGCCACGGUCUGCACAUGAAUACAUUACAUAGGACUCU